GUUGCCUGCAAGUCUAGGCAAGGGUUCAAAAGGGUAAUUAAGGUCUCUGUGCAAGUCCAGUGCUGCUGUAGCGUUAUGAGAUUGUCAGCUUUCCAGCCACUGAAGAUCACUGCACUGCCAAAACAUCGACAACCCAAGUAGAGUCAGUGCCCUUUUUAUCUCAUGAUCUACAGCCAUAACAGUGUGAACCACUAUAUUGAUCUGCUGAAGAAAUUAUUGCAACUGACUCAACUUAUAAACCAAUUUUAGACCUCUUCAUAGCAGAGCCUCCACCAACUGUUUGGACAACCAAGAUCAUCAUCUUCCUGUCGAAACUUGGCAUGGUUCCACCUGGUUCAUGAAGCUCAUUCAUGUACGAACUAAAUGUCAUACCAGCUCAUUUGUACACAUGAUCCAUCAAGAUAACUAGUUGGGCAACUUCUCCAUCAGUAAAGGCCUUAACUAAUAGUGGAUCAUAUCGCCAAUAACUGGUCUAAAAAUUCUGGAAGGCUCAGAGGUCGUAGUUUGACCUGAUACAUAAGCAGUUAUGUAUUAUAUGGCCUGUAGAGGCUAAGACUACUCCUAAUGGUGCCAAAUCGAACUUGACUUGUAUUUUCUCCAAUCAAUCCUUGCUGCAAUGAAUUGUUGAGAGUUGUUUUCCAAGAUUGACAAUAUAUAACUCAGUUUACUCAUGAUGGUGUGCUUUUUUAUCCCCUUGGAUAUAGACAUUGCCUCCAAAUUAUUCCAGUGCACGGAAUAAUAUCUGCUAUGCCAUGAUUUCAAAAUUGGAAGAGAAACGCACAGAAGCAGAAUCUUGGAAGAAUUUUCAGAAUUGAGUUUCAUCAUGUUAAACAUUUGGUGAUUAUCCAACUAAGGAAUCACGCACUCCUGUUCAUUUUCUAAAUUAAAUUAUUAAAACAUCUUUUACAAGUAUAUAUGUUGUAGAGUCCAUUUGGAAACAAAUCGGUUUACUAGUUUUAUUGUCUUAAUGUUUUUGGUUAGGAAUAUUUUAUUGUCUGAGAUUGAGGACUCUACUCUGCACUUUUGCUUUCUUGUUUUUUGUUUUUUUAGGGUUAAAUAUAUAUUUUCGUCCCUGAGAACUAUCCAUCCCUAUACUAAAAUUUCUUAGUUUUUCCUCCCUUGACUUGUUGGCGUGAUUAGUUUCCUUUGACCACUUUGACCGAUGAUAUGGAGAGCCAAUGCGGUUUUAUAGGUAUUUUACUGAUGUGGAAUUGUUUUAUUUUAAUGCUUGCGUGGAAUAUGAGAGGGACUAGAAAUCCCUAGUCAUCUUCAACCUUCAUCAACUUCUUCCAUCUUCAACCCUCUAACCUUGAAAACCUAGAAAUUUAUACUCUUCAUCAUUCAUCCUUAAAUCAUUAACUUAAUUUAACCCAAAACAAUUUUUAAAGCCAAAAUGAAUUGGUGGAAGCAUAAGGGUGCUUCAAUCCACAUACAAAGGACAAAAGAAAAGAAACAAAGAAAAAAUUGAAAAGUCUGCCCAACAAAAUAAUGAUAUAGUUCCAAUAUUAGUGAACACCCCAACCUUAACUAUUUGUAUUUUGUACCGAUUAAAGAGUCAGCUUGCACAACUACCACCAUCAUCUCCAAUUGAAUCCUAUAUCUGAACCGACAUAGCUUGCAUCAUCUCCAAUUUAAUUCUGUUGAGCAGUGGAGAAGUUCGAAAACGCAUGCACAUGUUUUCUCUCUCACUCUCAACAAUGGAAAUUUGUUUGCCGCUCUAUCAUGCUCUCCCUCGUUCUUUCUCAGCCCCUACUCAACCAAAUCUUUGUUUUGUCUCAGCCUUCACUCUCCUCCUCUUCCAACUCUCCUGGGGAUCCAUUGUUGCAACCAAUCCUUCAGUUAAAAGUAUGGAGGACAUUCUAUGCACACUUGUAGUAAACCCCUCUCCCAACUCUGUUGUUCAUAAGAAGAAGAAGAAGAAUGACAAGCUCAAGAGGAAGCAUGAGGAACCUUCUAAGCCAGAUGCUCCUUCUGAUGGUGAUGAUGAUGAUGCUCCUCCUUCACCAAAGAAGUCCAAGAAGCAAGUGAGAAUAGUGGUGAAGCCAACUCGUGUGGAACCAACUGCUGAAGAAACCAGAACUGAGGCUCCUGCCAGAGUUACUCGGUCAACAGUGAGAUCAUCAAGUAAGUAUGCUGUUUCAUUUAUUGAUGAUGAUUUAAGCUCAUUUGAUGCACUCCCAAUUUCUGCACUCCUUAAACGCACUGCUACCCCACUCUCUCCCAUUCAAGAGUCUCAACCAGCUGAACAAAACACUUAUCCACCCACUUCACCUAGAUCUUCAUUUUUUCAACCUUCUCAUGAAGAAGCUCCUCUUUGGAACAUACUUCAGACUCCAAGACCCUCUGAACCUACCUCACCCAUAACCAUUCAAUACAACCCACAAGCCUCUGAACCCAUUAUUUCAGAUCCAUCUCAACCUGAACCCAGAACCUCCGAUCACUCUGUUCUCAAAGCAUCAGAUCAUCCUGUUCGCAAAACAACUGAUACAGAAAUUACAACUCCCUGUCCCUCUGUAUCAUUUCCCACAAAUGUUGCUGACUCCUCACCCUCCAAUAACUCUGAAUCUAUUCGCAAAUUUGAUCAAAUUGCGAAAGAAAAAGAGUCUGCAAUUCCUGAGUACUACCACACUGUACCUAGCCCAAGGAGAUAUCCUGGACCUAGACUAGAAGGUCUAGUUGACCCAGAUCAUCCUAUUCAAGUAGUCCCUCUGAAUGCAGCAUCUCCUUCAUCUCAACCCAUACAACCAGAACUUGUUCAACCAGACCCUAAUCAACCAGAAAACUCAGUCUCUAACCAUUCUUCGGUUAGAUCUCCAAACCCUGAGCUUGAAACCUCUCAGCCUAACCUUGAGAUCAACAAUUCAAAUGCUCAAACUCUAGAUGUUGGUUCUCCUCAAGGUGUUUCUGAAGCCAAUAGCAGUAACCACCCCACUUCUCCUGAAACCAAUCUUUCCAUUGUUCCCUAUACAUAUCUCAGACCAAACUCCCUUCUUGAGUGCAUCAGUGUGUUUAAUCAUGAAGCAUCAUUAAUGAUUCGCAAUGUGCAAGGUCACACUUACCUUAAUGAGAAUCCUGACUCUGUUGCUGAAGAAUGGGAUCAUUUGUGUAAUUGGAUGAUUGAUCAAGUUCCUAUUAUGAUGAGUCAUCUCACGGAUGAAAGGGAUCAGAGGAUUGAGGCUGUUAGGCAGCGUUUCAACAGAAGAGUGGCUCUGCAUGAACAACAGCUAAAGGUUGAGUUACUUGAAGCCAUUGAGGAAGCAAGAAAGAAGAAAGAACAAGCAGAAGAAGAUGCACGCCUAGAAGCUGAACAAAUUGAAAAUGCAAAGUUAGAAGCUCUGAAAGAAGCUGAAAGGCUACAGGCUGAAGCUGAAGCUCUCAGAGGUCAAAUUCUUACACCAGUGCCUUUCACAAGUGCUGCUUCACAGUCAACUCCAGCUCCUCACUCUGCUCAGGAUGUUCCAUCUACUUCUACUCAACCAAGUUCUUCCAGACUUGAUAUUUUGGAACAACGUCUCAACACUCAUGAGACUCUCCUGUUCAACAUGAAUGAAACCCUUCAAGAACUUCUGCGUCGCUCUGCAAAGCCCUAGUUUUUAGGAUCUCUAUCAUUUUCUUCUUUUAUUGAUAACUUUUAGUUCCUUAUUUUCAUAACUUUAAGCU